UGCGCCCCCGGGACGCGCACGCCGACCUGGGGGCCGGCCGACCGGGACCCACGCAGGACGCCCGCGGCGCCCGGCCCGAGGCGGGGCGUGGGGUGGGGGGAGCGGGCGCCCAGGGGUCCCGGCGCGGGGCGACGGGCGCGGACGGGUGCAGAGCGCCGGGGACCCCGGGCCGGGCCAGGCCGAGCCCGGGCGCCAUGGGCUCCGUGGGCAGCCAGCGCCUCAAGGAGCCGGGCGCGGCGGGCAGGCCGGGCAGGAGCGUGGUGACGAGCUUCAGCUUCGACCGCUGCCAGCUGGAGGAGGAGGCGGCCGCGGGGGCGGCUCGGGGCCGGGACGGUGCGGCCAGGGCCGCCCCGAUUCUCACGGACUCCGGUGAGCGAGAGGGGCGGGCGCCCGACGACCGCUACCACGCCAUCUACUUCGCCAUGCUGCUGGCCGGCGUGGGCUUCCUGCUGCCCUACAACAGCUUCAUCACCGACGUGGACUACCUGCACCACAAGUUCCCAGGCACCUCCAUCGUGUUCGACAUGAGCCUCACCUACAUCCUGGUGGCGCUGGUGGCCGUGCUGCUGAACAACGCGCUGGUGGAGCGGCUGAGCCUGCACACGAGGAUCACGGCCGGCUACCUCUUGGCCUUGGGUCCCCUCCUCUUUAUCAGCAUCUGUGACGUGUGGCUGCAGCUCUUCUCCAGGCACCAGGCCUAUGCCAUCAACCUGGCCGCUGUGGGCACCGUGGCCUUUGGCUGCACAGUGCAGCAAUCCAGCUUCUACGGGUACACGGGGAUGCUGCCCAAGCGGUACACCCAGGGGGUGAUGACCGGGGAGAGCACGGCGGGCGUGAUGGUGUCCCUGAGCCGCAUCGUCACCAAGCUGCUGCUGCGGGGCGAGCGCGCCAGCACCCUCAUCUUCUUCCUGGUCUCCGCCGGCCUCGAGCUGCUCUGCUUCCUGCUGCACCUGCUGGUCUGGCGCAGCCGCUUCGUGCGCCACCACACGGCGCGGCCCCGCGACGGCCAUGCGGGCCCCCGGGGCUACCGUGUGCACCACGACGUGGCCGCCGGGGACGUCUGCUUCGAGAACCAAGGCCCGGCCCUGGCCAACAGCGGGUCCCCGAAGGACAGCCCGGUCCACGAGGUGCCCGCCGGCGACCAGGGAGCCUACACGCGCUUUGACGUGCCUCAGGCGAGAGUGGAGCGGAGCUGGCCCUCCUUCCGAGCCCUGCUGCUGCACCGUUACGUGGUGGCCCGCGCCAUCUGGGCCGACAUGCUGUCCAUCGCCGUGACCUACUUCAUCACCCUGUGCCUGUUCCCCGGCCUCGAGUCCGAGAUCCGGCACUGCGUGCUGGGCGAGUGGCUGCCCAUCCUCGUCAUGGCCGUGUUCAACCUCUCGGACUUCGUGGGCAAGAUCCUGGCGGCCCUGCCCAUGGACUGGCGGGGCACGCACCUGCUGGCCUGCUCCUGCCUGCGCGUGGUCUUCAUCCCGCUCUUCAUCCUGUGCGUCUACCCCAGCGGCGCGCCCGCCCUGCGCCACCCGGCCUGGCCCUGCGUCUUCUCCCUGCUCAUGGGCAUCAGCAACGGCUACUUCGGCAGCGUGCCCAUGAUCCUGGCCGCCGGCAAGGUGGGGCCCCGGCAGCGGGAGCUGGCAGGGAACACCAUGACCGUGUCCUACAUGACGGGGCUGACGCUGGGCUCGGCCGUGGCCUACUGCACCUACAGCCUCACCCGGGGUGCCCACAGGGGCUGCCUCGAGACCUCCGCCACCAACACCUCCCUCCCCGCCGGCCUCUGAGCCGGGACCAGCCCUGCCCUGCCCCCGCCUGCGGGCCCGGCCUCCUCCUGUGCCAACAUCGCCACCCGCCUGGGCGCACCCGCCCGUCACUGCGGCCCAGGGUCCCGCCAAGGUCUUAGAGCCGCAACUCUCGAUGCUGAGCCCGGACUCGCCCGCACUGUGCCCUGUGCCUCACGCCGCUCUCCCCGCCGCUGCGCCCAGGGCUCCGUGAGUCUCAGCCGUCCCCCCGGGAGAGCAGUCACCAGCCAGCGUCCCUCCUGGCGACCCCAACCCCAGGUCAGCUCUGAGGGCCCCCCUCCAUCGCCCCAAUCACAACAUCACCGCACCCGAGCCAGCCCUUCACCUGGGCCCUCCACCCCCAGCCUUAGCCCUGGCUUUCCUGGACCCCGGGUUUGCUGGGAGGACCAGGACCUCCGGGUCUGAGUGUCAGACCACAGUCUGUGCCAGCCUGGACCCCCAGGACCCCUCCCUCACCCGGACCCCACCUGAUGCCACGGGCCUGGGGGUCCGCCUGCCCCGGGACCUGCUCCUCCGUCCUCUGAUACAGGACAGAGUGGGGGGGCCCACCCCUGGCUGAAGUCAACUCCAGCCCUAAGCCUUGACCCCCAUCCAGCAAAGCCCAGGGAGGGCCCCCGCCUCUCCAGCCAGGACCCUCUGGGGCUCUAGGUUGGCUCAGUGCGAGUUAAGGGGACUCCGGGGUGUCGGCCUGCCCUUCACACCCACCGCACUGCGUGGCGACUGCCCCCCGCUGUGUCCCACCCCGUCUGUCACUAACUCUACCGCACUGGCCAUUAAACGAUGAAG